AUGGAAAAAGUUCGAGAUUCUCAAAGCAGGGGGAGUCAAGUGAGCCAAGAUGGAUCACUCGGUUUGAUCAAUGGAUUCGCAAACGGUCGUGUCAAUAACAAACUACUGAAAAAUUUGGAAAUAUCCGAUAAUAUCCACUCAGAAUAUGCCAGGAAAGCGUUAGAAGACCCGAACGGAACACGCUCUACCAGAAGUCAUCGAGAUGUCAGGUACGUUUACAAAGCUCCAAGAUUCGUCCCUAGGCGACAAGAAGUGGAAAACUCGAAAAAUCAGCGACCAGCUGAAGAACUGGGUCCUCCGCAGGAUAUUGAGGCAGCUAAUCGAUUGAAUCCUCAUGUGCAAUUCAUGGCAGACCAAUACGAAACUGACGAAACACCGUUGCCGUUCGAUUUUUCAAAAGUCAAGAUACGAUAUGACCCGGUGAAGUUGCUUAAUUUCCGAAGGCUUUUGAGUGCAUCAAUCGAGCCACUGGAUGGAAGCAAAAAUCUGCAAUACGGUCACGGUGAAGAUUUUGACGUCCAUGAGCCGGAGGACCUGGCUUAUAUGAUUGAUAAUGAUUGCGCCGUUCCAUAUCGGUACGCUAUCGCAAACAAGAGUGAUUAUUCUACAUUGAGAACGGCACCAACCAUAGAGGACCGUGAGUUGUUCCAGCAGCUUUUGGUCCAAUCGUCAACUGCUGCUUACUAUAACUCGAACGUGUCGCUCACCGUUCGUGACGCAGUGGACAAUGAUGACGAGGACCAACCCGCGCGAAGCAAGGUUAGAAGACGAGCGGAUUUUGUUCAGCAGGCCAAGACUCAGCCCAAAAAGACCACCAGAGCAUCAGGCAUCGAGUCUAUAUAUAUAAGGGGUUAUGAAAUAGAGACCUGGUACACGACCCCAUAUCCGGAAGAAUACAACAGAAACAAGAUUCUUUAUAUUUGCGAGUUUUGUCUUAAGUACAUGAGCUCCAGAUAUGUCUUUUACAGGCAUCAGCUCAAGUGCAGGGUUUUCCGACCGCCAGGUAACGAAGUGUAUCGAGAUGGCAAGCUUUCAGUAUGGGAAAUUGAUGGCCGUGAGAAUGUUAUUUAUUGCCAAAACCUUUGUUUGUUGGCAAAAUUAUUCCUUAACUCAAAGACCCUGUACUACGAUGUCGAGCCGUUUAUCUUCUACGUUUUGACAGAAAGAGAAGAUCAUCUCGAUCAAGCACCUCAUUUUCAUCUUGUAGGGUAUUUCUCGAAGGAGAAACUGAACUCGACGGAUUACAACUUGAGUUGCAUUUUGACACUUCCCAUUUACCAAAGAAAAGGCUAUGGCCAAUUUCUAAUGGAUUUCUCUUAUUUGUUGUCAAGAAGGGAGUUCAAAUGGGGCACCCCAGAAAAGCCACUAUCUGACAUGGGCCUCCUAUCAUAUAGAAGUUACUGGAAGGUUAAAUGCGCUCAGGCGCUAAUGGAGCUGAAGAAAUUACAGCCGAGUGAUCCAAACCUUUGUCUCCAGAUUAGUCUUGAAGACAUUUCCAAUCUCACUGGUAUGAGUCCCACUGAUGUUGUACUUGGCUUGGAACUACUGAAAGUGCUCCAACAAAAAGAGGGAACUCCGCCAUCACCGCGUUAUAUCAUCAAAGUUGAUUCAUGGGAUCGAAUUGAACAGAUAUCUAAGAGUUGGGAGACACGAGGUUAUCAGACUUUGGACUCCUCGAAAUUAGUCUGGAAACCUAUGAUUUUUGGACCUUCCUGCGGCGUGAAUGCUGUCGGAACCAUGUUAGAAACUGCUAGUGGUGCCACAAGGAUAGCGGCCAGUCAUCCUGCUUCAGAAGACUUCUUCAACAAAAGUAUAUCGAUGCUCACAAAUUUUUUACAGGAUGAUCUUGCAGAUCCUAGGCCGAUGGAGGUGGGAGCUUGGCAAACCAUAGCUAAGAGAAACCUCCUCUGCAUAUCCAAACGAGCAAACCACGAAUCUGAGGAGCUCCCAAAGGCACAUGGGAUACAGCAUGGGGCGCCCUAA